UACCAAGAGGCAAAGUAACUGUUCUGAUUCCAUAGAGGAGGCAGGUCAUGGAGGGACUGCAUGCACCACUGUUUUUUCAGCUUUUACUGCUCAUUUCGGCGGUACAUCCUUCAAUCAGCGAUGAUCACAGAUACUACACAUCUGAGGGAAGGUCAGUGAGCUUGCCCUGUGGGGGAGUGGAGUCAGCUGCAGACGGUGUGGUUGAGUGGGUGCAGACCCAGAUAGGACAUGUAACUGCAAACACCAUUCUGACUAGACACCAGGACGGCACAGUCAGCAAAGGAAUGAAAUACACCGGGGAUCGGUUCCAGCUCCAGGCUGACUCCUCAUUGAUGAUACAGAGAGCGAUGCCUGAAGAUGCUGGAAGUUACCAAUGCAAUGGCAACCAGGCUUCACAGCUGCUAUUCCUGACUGUGUUUUCAGACCCUAAGGAUCCGAUACCUGGAGAAUUGGUUAUCGUAACUUGUGAAUUGAAAUGUGACGUGAACUGUGGGUCCUACACCUUGAGGAUGAAUGCAGAGGGCCGGAGGGAGACAUCUCAGGAUGCACCACUGCAGAUGGUGUUUACCGUCAGCAAGUCUGAUGACAAAGAAAUAUUCCGAUGCAGAUUGGAUGAAGCAGGGAAAGGAAGAGCAGAAGCUUCAUUUCUAUUGCAAGUUAAAGACGAUCAUUCUGCUAGAACAAAAGGGCCCAAGAUUGGUGCAGGGGCAGAUCAUUUGAACUUAUCUCUGGUGUUUAUCCUUCUUGCCGCAGCAGUGGCGAUGCUGUUUCAGUAAACCAUAAAGGACCGAGAUCAGGUACUUCAGGUAAGUACAAACAAUGACACUUCCAUACUGAAUUGAUUACUCUUAAUUAUUUUUUUUUUAAUUUUAAUCUGGCAUUUGAUUCAAACAGCAAAAUGAAUUGAGUGACUUAUUUUAACUGCAAGCUCCAACACAGUUGUUUUCUGGGUGGAAACACUUCCGAACACUCGGCAUAGAUCCCCUUACUGUUUAAAAACUGCUAGAUAUUCAAAAGGUAUUAUUGUAAUUCGCAAUAGAUGGGCAACGACCUACUGGUGCUUGUUCAGUGCCAUUAAAACAAGAGAUUUGUCACUGGAAGGCAGUCUGAAAUUCUGGGAAACCAGCUUUGUAACGCAUAAUCCAAGCACAGGCGGCAACAUCAACCACCACAAAUGACAUUUAAAACAGAAGGACUGGCCAUACCAUCAGCGGUUUGAGAUCCUUUCAAGUCAAGUUCAGCAAAUACUUCAAGAUACUAAAGGUUUGAAAAACGUUUUAAAAAAUAAUUAAGAUUAUUGAUCAUAGUACCAUUUCUGUCAUGUUUUUAAUAUACUGAAAGGAUUACCAGAAGUAAUACAUUCGUUGAGAUCUUAUAUUUUAUGUUUUGUGUUACACUUCAAAAUAAGGACCACUUGUCCAGUGGUCAAAAAAAAAAAAAAAAAAAAAAAAAAAAAAAACACGUUAAAAAUGUAUAUUAAAA